CAUGCCCAGUUCGGGGGCUCGCUGGGCGGCGUGGUGGGCUUUCCCUACCCGCUGGGCCAUCACCACGUGUACGAGCUGGCCGGUCACCAGCUGCAGUCGGCAGCCGCCGCCGCCGCCGCCGCCUCGGUGCCCUUCUCCAUCGACGGCCUGCUCAGCGGCUCGUGCGCCGCCGCCGCUGCCUCAGUGGUCAACCCCACACCGCUGCUACCUGCGGCCUGCGGGGUAGGCGGCGACAGUCAGCCCUUCAAGCUGUCAGACUCGGGGGACCCAGAUAAGGAGAGCCCGGGCUGCAAGCGGCGGCGUACGCGCACCAACUUCACGGGUUGGCAGUUGGAGGAGCUGGAAAAAGCGUUCAACGAGAGCCACUAUCCCGACGUGUUCAUGCGCGAGGCGCUGGCGCUGCGCCUGGACCUGGUCGAAUCCCGAGUUCAGGUCUGGUUCCAAAAUCGCCGGGCCAAGUGGAGGAAGAAGGAGAACACUAAGAAGGGCCCUGGGCGGCCAGCGCACAAUUCACAUCCGACCACGUGCAGUGGUGAGCCAAUGGACCCAGAGGAGAUAGCGCGCAAGGAGCUAGAGAAGAUGGAGAAGAAGAAGCGCAAGCACGAAAAGAAGCUUCUGAAAAGCCAGAGCCGCCACCUGCACUCGCCGGGCGGCCUGUCCCUGCACAGUGCACCCAGCUCCGACAGCGACAGUGGCGGAGGCGGCCUGUCUCCGGAGCCGCCCGAGCCUCCCCCAGCCGCCGCGGCAGGCAAGGGCACAAGCGGGCACACAGCCGGCGCUGCAGGUUCCACGCCCGCACCGCCGGGUGAGCCUCCCGCGCCCGGCACCUGCGACCCCGCCUUUUAUCCGAGCCAAAGAAGCGGCUCGCAGCUUCGGCUCGGCCGCCCUGUGGACAAGGACGCGGCCCCGUGUGCGCCUGGGGCAGCAGCGGCAGAGCGCGGCGCCACGGGCCUACCCAAGGCGAGCCCCUUCAGCGUGGAGAGUCUGCUCUCCGACUCGCCGCCGCGCCGGAAAGCGGCCCCCGCCAACGCCACGGCCGCCGCGGGGCUGGACUUCGCACCGGGUCUGCCGUGUGCGCCGCGGACCCUCAUAGGCAAGGGCCAUUUCCUGCUCUACCCCAUCACUCAGCCGCUGGGCUUCCUGGUGCCACAGGCCGCGCUCAAGGGCGGUGCAGGUCCGGAGCCGGUGCCCAAGGACGCGCCCCCCGCGCCAGCCGCGCCGCCCGCUCCUCCCGCUCAGGCUAGCUUCGGGGCUUUCCCGGGGCCCAGCGGUGCUCCGGACUCGGCCUUCGCGCGCCGCAGCCCAGACGCCGUCGCCUCCCCGGGGGCUCCAGCCCCCACGCCUUUCCGAGACCCAGCCACGGCCGCGAACGAGGGCGGAGGUGGUGACUGCGCGGACGCAGGUGCCGCCUGCCCAGCGGUCCCGCCACCCCCACAGCUCGCGCCGUCGCCUGGGCCGGCUCCGCGGGCGCCCAGCCCGGCUGGGGAGCCGACCAUCUGCGGGGCCCCUGAACCAGGCACCGCGGCCGGACCCAGCGUGCCGGAUGGCGAGGAAGUGGACAUGGACUGAGGGUGGCUGCGCGGUGGCGGCGGAGAGAGGCGCUCUGGGCCCGCGCCCGCUCUCUCAGGCUCCGACUCACACGACGAAAUCAGGUGAUCGGCUUAGAAACACUGCUUUUUUCUCUUUCUUA